CUGGAGCCACAUAUAUCUUUGGGAAAAGUGGAGGCCUCAUCCUGUAUACUUGGCCAGCAAAUGACAGACCCAGUACAAGGACAGACCGCCUAGCUGUUGGGUUCAGUACAACAGUAAAAGAUGGCAUCUUGGUACGGAUUGACAGUGCCCCUGGCCUUACUGACUUUUUGCAACUUCAUAUAGAACAAGGUAAAAUUGGUGUAGUCUUCAAUAUUGGCACAGUAGAUAUCUCUAUCAAAGAGGAGAGCACUCCUGUGAAUGAUGGCAAAUACCAUGUUGUGCGUUUUACCCGAAAUGGUGGUAAUGCAACACUUCAGGUAGAUGGAUGGCCAGUGAAUGAACAUUACCCUUCAGGAAACACUGAUACUGCGUUCCAAUUGGUAAAACAGAAAAUCCCCUUCAAAUAUAACCGACCCGUAGAGGAAUGGCUGCAGGAAAAAGAUGAUGCAACACCGCAUCACCACUUGACUUCGAGACCUGCCACGACGACCAAAAUUGGACGACAGUUAACGAUCUUCAACACCCAGGCUCAAAUAGCCAUUGGAGGAAAAGAUAGAGGGCGUCUCUUCCAAGGUCAGCUUUCCGGUCUCUAUUACAAUGGCUUGAAAGUAUUGAACAUGGCAGCAGAAAACAACCCCAACAUCAAAAUCAAUGGAAGCGUUCGGCUGGUUGGUGAAGUGCCAUCUAUUCUGGGGACAGCUCCCACAACCUCUAUGCCACCAGAGAUGUCCACCACCGUCAUGGAAACUACCACUACUAUGGCCACUACCACAACACGAAAAAAUCGCUCCACACCUACCAUUCAGACAACAGAUGACCUUGUUUCUUCAGCAGAGUGUUCUAACGAUGAUGAAGAUUUCAUUGAAUGCGAGCAGAGUGUAGGAGGUGAAUUAGUUAUCCCUCUUCUUGUAGAAGACCCUUUAGAUAUCCCUCCUAUUACUACUCGUGCACCUUUCAUUACACUCCCCACUACCUUCCGUCCCCUCCUCACCAUUAUUGAGACCACCAAAGAUUCCCUGUCCAUGACCUCUGAGGCGGGGUUACCUUGCUUGUCGGACCAAGGCAGCGAUGGUUGUGAUGAUGAUGGCUUGGUGAUAUCUGGGUAUGGCUCAGGGGAAACUUUUGACUCUAACCUACCCCCUACUGAUGAUGAAGAUUUUUACACCACCUUCUCCUUGGUAACAGAUAAAAGUCUUUCCACUUCAAUCUUCGAAGGUGGCUACAAAGCACACGCACCCAAGUGGGAAGCCAAGGACUUUAGACCUAACAAAGUCUCCGAAACUGGUAGGACUACUAUUACAGCUUUGUCCCCUGAGCUGAUCCGCUCCACAGCUUCGUCCUCGACUGGGAUGGUGCCCAAAUUGCCAGCUGGCAACAUGAAUAACCGUGACCUCAAACCCCAGCCUGAUAUAGUCUUGCUUCCGUUGCCCACUGCCUAUGAGCUAGACAGCACAAAACUGAAGAGCCCGCUAAUAACUUCCCCCAUGUUCCGUAAUGUGCCCACAGCAAACCCCACGGAGCCAGGAAUCAGACGGGUUCCGGGGGCCUCAGAGGUGGUCCGUGAGUCGAGCAGCACAACGGGAAUGGUCGUCGGCAUUGUAGCUGCUGCCGCCCUCUGCAUCCUGAUCCUCCUGUAUGCCAUGUACAAGUACAGGAACAGGGACGAAGGGUCCUAUCAGGUGGAUGAGACGCGUAACUACAUCAGCAACUCAGCCCAGAGCAAUGGCACGCUCAUGAAGGAGAAGCAGCAGAGUUCAAAGAGCGGCCACAAGAAACAGAAAAACAAGGACAAAGAAUAUUAUGUGUAA